CUGACCAAGCUUAACGUCACCAAAGCGCGCCGGAAAUGUAGGGUCUGCUGCGCGCCACUGGCGCUGAGGGAAGUAAGUUUGCUGUGGAGCGAACUGGGUUCUGCGGACUAGGCCGUGGGAGGCAGCGUCGGCUGCUUCGACACACCGAGGGCGACACGAUGGGAGACGAGAUGGAUGCCAUGAUUCCCGAGCGGGAGAUGAAGGAUUUUCAGUUUAGAGCGCUCAAGAAGGUGAGAAUCUUUGACUCCCCUGAGGAAUUGCCUAAGGAACGCUCGAGUUUGCUUGCUGUGUCUAACAAAUAUGGUCUGGUCUUUGCUGGUGGAGCCAGUGGCUUGCAGAUUUUUCCUACUAAAAAUCUUCUUAUUCAAAAUAAACCGGGAGAUGAUCCCAAUAAAAUAGUUGAUAAAGUCCAAGGCUUGCUAGUUCCUAUGAAAUUCCCAAUCCAUCACCUGGCCUUGAGCUGUGAUAACCUCACACUCUCUGUGUGCAUGAUGUCCGGUGAAUAUGGUUCCAUUAUUGCUUUUUUUGAUGUUCGCACAUUCUCCAAUGAGGCUAAACAGCAGAAACGCCCAUUUGCCUAUCAUAAGCUUUUGAAAGAUGCAGGAGGCAUGGUGAUUGAUAUGAAGUGGAAUCCCACUGUCCCCUCCAUGGUGGCAGUUUGUCUGGCUGAUGGUAGUAUUGCUGUCCUGCAAGUCACAGAAACAGUGAAAGUGUGUGCAACACUUCCUUCUACAGUAGCAGUAACCUCUGUGUGCUGGAGCCCCAAAGGAAAGCAGCUGGCAGUGGGAAAACAGAAUGGAACUGUGGUCCAGUAUCUUCCUACUUUGCAGGAAAAAAAAGUCAUUCCUUGUCCUCCAUUUUAUGAGGCAGAUCAUCCUGUCAGAGUUCUGGAUGUGCUGUGGAUUGGUACAUAUGUCUUCACAAUAGUGUAUGCUGCUGCAGAUGGGACCCUGGAAACAUCUCCAGAUGUGGUUAUGGCUCUACUACCGAAAAAAGAAGAAAAGCACCCAGAGAUAUUUGUGAACUUUAUGGAGCCCUGCUAUGGCAGCUGCACGGAGAGACAGCAUCAUUACUACCUCAGUUACGUUGAGGAAUGGGAUUUAGUGCUGGCAGCAUCUGCAGCUUCAACAGAAGUUAGUAUCCUUGCUCGACAAAAUGAUCAGAUUAAUUGGGAAUCUUGGCUGCUGGAGGAUUCUAGUCGAGCCGAAUUGCCUGUGACAGAUAAGAGUGAUGACUCCUUGCCCAUGGGUGUUGCCAUAGACUAUACGAACCAAGUGGAAGUCACAAUCAGUGAUGAAAAGACUCUUCCUCCUGCUCCAGUUCUCAUGUUACUUUCAACAGAUGGUGUACUCUGUCCAUUUUAUAUGAUUAAUCAAAAUCCUGGGGUUAAGUCUCUCAUCAAAACACCAGAGCGACUCUCACUAGAAGGAGAGCGACAACCUAAGUCACCAGGAAGUACGCCCACUACCCCGACCUCCCCUCAAGCCCCACAGAAACUGGAUGCUUCUGCAGCUACAGCCCCUGCCUCUCUGCCACCAUCAUCACCUGCUGCUCCCCUUGCCACUUUUUCUUUGCUUCCUGCUGGUGGGGCUCCCACUGUGUUCUCCUUUGGUUCUUCAUCUUUGAAGUCAGCUGCUACAGUCACUGGGGAGCCCCCUUCAUAUUCCAGUGGCUCAGACAGCUCUAAAGCAGCCCUGGGCCCUGGCCCAUCAACUUUUUCUUUUGUUCCCCCUUCUAAAGCCUCCCUAGCCCUCACCCCUGCAGCGUCUCCCAUGGCUCCAUCAGCUGCUUCAUUCUCCUUUGGAUCAUCUGGUUUUAAGCCUACCCUGGAAAGCACACCAAUGCCAAGUGUGUCUGCUCCAAAUGUAGCAGUGAAGCCCUCCUUCUCACCCUCAGCAGUCAAAGUCAACCUUAGUGAAAAGUUUACUGCCACACCUUCCUCUGCUCCUGUUAGUAGCUCCCAGAGCACACCCUCGAUGCCGCCAUUCUCUUCUGCCUCCAAGCCAACUGCUUCUGGACCACUCAACCACCCCACGCCUCUCUCAGCAUCAUCCAGUUCCGUGUCAUUGAAGUCCUCAGUCUUGCCUUCAACAUCAGCAGGACGAUCUGCUCAGGGCAUUCCAAGCCCAGUGUCCUCAAUGGUACAGAAAUCGCCCAGGAUGGCCCCUCCAGUGGCAAAGUCAGGCUCUCCCCAGCCAAAGUCACUUCAGCCUGCUGUUGCAGAAAAGCAGGGACAUCAGUGGAAAGAUGCAGAUCCUGUGAUGGCUGGAAUUGGGGAGGAGAUUGCACACUUUCAGAAGGAGUUGGAAGAGUUAAAAGCCCGAACUUCCAAAGCCUGUUUCCAAGUGGGCACUUCUGAGGAGAUGAAGAUGCUGCGAACAGAAUCAGAUGACUUGUACACCUUUCUUUUGGAGAUUAAAGAGACCACAGAGUCGCUUCAUGGAGAUAUAAGUAGCCUGAAAACAACUUUACUUGAGGGCUUUGCUGGUGUUGAGGAAGCCAGAGAACAAAAUGAAAGAAAUCGUGACUCUGGAUAUCUCCAUUUGCUUUAUAAAAGACCACUGGAUCCCAAGAGCGAAGCUCAGCUUCAGGAAAUUCGGCGCCUUCAUCAGUAUGUAAAAUUUGCUGUCCAAGAUGUGAGUGAUGUUCUAGACUUGGAGUGGGAUCGGCAUCUGGAACAAAAGAAAAAACAAAGGCACCUACUUGUGCCAGAGCGAGAGACACUGUUUAACACCCUAGCCAACAACCGGGAAAUCAUCAAUCAACAGAGGAAGAGGCUGAAUCACCUUGUGGACAGUCUUCAGCAGCUCCGCCUUUACAACCAGACUUCCCCAUGGAGCUUGCCCUCGGCUGUGCCUUCCCAGAGCAGCAUUCAUAGUUUUGACAGUGACCUUGAAAGCCUGCGCAAUGCUUUGUUGAAAACCACCGUAGAAUCUCAUGCCAAAUCCUUGCCCAAAGUACCAGCUAAACUGUCCCCCAUGAAACAGGCACAACUGAGAAACUUCUUGGCCAAGAGGAAGACCCCACCAGUAAGAUCCACUGCUCCAGCCAGCCUGUCUCGAUCAGCCUUUCUGUCUCAGAGAUAUUAUGAAGACUUGGAUGAAGACAGCUCAACGUCAUCUGUCUCCCAGUCUCUGGAAAGUGAAGAUGCACGGACAUCCUGUAAAGAAGAGGAGGCAGUGGUCCAGGCCCCUCGGCAUGCCCCUGUGGUUCGCACUCCUUCCAUCCAGCCCAGUCUCUUGCCCCAGGCAGCACCUUUUGGUAAAUCUCACCUGGUUCAUGGUUCUUCACCUAGUGUGAUGGGAACUUCAAUGACUACAUCUACUAGCAAAAUUAUUCCUCAAGGGGCUGAUAGCACAAUGCUUGCCACGAAAACCGUGAAACAUGGUGCACCUAGUCCUUCCCACCCCAUCUCGGCUCCCCAGGCAGCUGCUGCGGCAGCACUCAGACGACAGAUGGCCAAUCAGACACCAGCUGUAAGCACUUUGACUGAAUCAACAUUGAAGAAUGUCCCUCAAGUGGUAAAUGUGCAGGAAUUGAAGAAUAACCCUGCAACUCCUUCCGCAGCGAUGGGUUCUUCAGUGCCCUACUCCACAGCCAAAACACCUCACCCAGUGUUGACCCCAGUGGCUGCUAACCAAGCCAAACAGGGGUCUCUAAUGAAUUCCCUAAAGCCAUCUGGGACUACACCAGCAUCCAGUCAGUUAUCAUCUGGUGACAAAGCUUCAGGGCCAGGGACAGCCAAGAUAGAAACAACCGUGACUUCGACCCCAUCUGCUUCUGGGCAGUUCAACAAGCCUUUCUCAUUUUCUCCAUCAGGGACUGGCUUUAAUUUUGGGAUAAUCACACCAACACCGUCUUCUAGUUUCACUGCUGCGCAAGGGGCAACACCCUCCACUAAAGAGUCAAGCCAGCUGGACACAUUCUCAUUUGGUGGGGGAAGCAAACCUUAUGAAGCCAUUCCUGAAAGCUCACCUUCCUCAGGAAUCACAUCAGCAUCAAACACCAUCCCAGGAGAACCUGCCCCAUCUAGUAGUAGAUCUGUGGCACCUUCUGGAAUUGCUCUUUCCACCACCUCUAGUAAACUGGAAACCCCACCGUCCAAGUUGGGAGAGCUUCUGUUUCCAAGUUCUUUGGCUGGAGAGACUCUGGGAAGUUUUUCAGGACUGCGGGUUGGUCAAGCAGAUGAUUCUACAAAGCCAACCAAUAAGGCUUCAUCCACAAGCCUAACUAGUACCCAGCCAAACAAGACGUCAGGCAUGCCUUCAGGGUUUAAUUUUACUGGCCCCUCAGUGUUAGGGAAGCUCUCAGAGCCCCCUGUGACCUCCUCUGCAACCACCACCACAGUAGCACCACCAGCAGCUACCAGCACGAGCACUUCCUCAACUGGCAUUUUUGGCAGUCUGCCAGUCACCAGUGCAGGAUCCUCUGGGGUAAUCAGUUUUGGUGGGACAUCUCUAAGUGGUGGCAAGACUAGUUUUUCAUUUGGAAGCCAGCAGACCAAUAGCACAGUGCCCCCAUCUGCCCCACUGUCAACUACAGCUGCCACUCCCCUUCCAACAUCAUUUCCCACAUUGUCAUUCAGUAGCCUCCUGAGUUCAGCAACUACUCCCUCCCUGCCUAUGUCCUCUGGCAGAAGCACAGAAGAGGCCACUUUAUCAGCUUUGCCUGAGAAGCCAAGUGACAGUGAGGUGUCAGCAUCAACAGCCUCACUUCUAGAGGAGCAGCAGUCAGCCCAGCUUCCCCAGGCUCCUCUGCAAACUUCCGACUCUAUUAAAAAAGAACCUGUUCUUGCCCAGCCUGCAGUCAGCAACUCUGGCACUGCAGCAUCUAGUACCGGUCUUGUAGCCCCUGCAGAGGCUACUCCAGCCACCACUGGGGGCCCUGAUGUCAGGACGGAGUCAGUACCACCUGCCUCCACCUUUUCCGUGCCUGGGCAGACUACUGUCACAGCAGCUGCUAUCUCAAGUGCAGGCCCUGUGGCUGUAGAAACAUCAAGUGCCCCCAUAGCCUCCAGCACCACACCCAUUGUUGCUCCGGGUCCAGCUGCAGAGGCAGCGGCGUUUGGUACUGUCACUUCUGGCUCAUCAGUCUUUGCUCAGCCCCCUGCUGCCAGUUCUAGCUCAGCUUUCAGCCAGCUCACCAACAACACAGCCACUGCCCCCUCUGCCACGCCCGUGUUUGGUCAGGUGGCAGCCAGCACUGCACCCAGCCUGUUUGGGCAGCAGACGGGAAGUGUAGUCAGCACAGCGGCUGCCACACCACAGGUCAGCAGCUCAGGGUUUAGCAGUCCAGCUUUUGGCACAUCAGCCCCAGGGGUCUUUGGACAGACAACUUUCGGGCAGGCCCCAGCCUUUGGGCAGUCAGCGAGCAGCGCUGCAAGUGGCUUUUCCUUCAGUCAACCUGGGUUCAGUUCUGUGCCUGCCUUUGGUCAGCCUGCUUCCUCUACCCCCACAUCCACCAGUGGAAGUGUCUUUGGUGCCUCCUCAAGUACCAGUAGCUCCAGUUCCUUUUCAUUUGGACAGUCAUCUACCAAUACAGGAGGGGGGCUGUUUGGCCAAAGCAACCCUCCUGCUUUUGGGCAGAGUCCUGGCUUUGGACAAGGAGGCUCUGUAUUUGGUGGUACCUCAGCUGCCACCACAACAGCAGCAUCCUCUGGGUUCAGCUUUUGUCAAGCUUCAGGUUUUGGAUCUAGUAAUACGGGUUCUGUGUUUGGUCAAGCAGCCAGUACUGGUGGAACAGUCUUCGGCCAGCAGUCAUCCUCUUCCAGUGGUAGCGUGUUUGGGUCUGGAAACACUGGAAGAGGAGGAGGCUUCUUCAGUGGCCUUGGAGGGAAACCCAGUCAGGAUGCAGCCAACAAAAACCCAUUCAGCUCAGCCAGUGGGGGCUUUGGAUCCACAGCUACUGCAAAUACCUCUAAUCUAUUUGGAAACAGUGGGGCCAAGACAUUUGGUGGAUUUGCCAGCUCAUCAUUCGGAGAGCAGAAACCCACUGGUACUUUCAGCUCUGGAGGAGGAAGUGUGGCAUCCCAAGGCUUUGGGUUUUCCUCUCCAAACAAAACAGGUGGCUUCGGUGCUGCUCCAGUGUUUGGCAGCCCUCCUACUUUUGGGGGAUCCCCUGGGUUUGGAGGGGUGCCAGCAUUCGGUUCAGCCCCAGCCUUUACAAGCCCUCUGGGCUCGACGGGAGGCAAAGUAUUCGGAGAGGGCACUGCAGCUGCCAGCACAGGAGGAUUCGGGUUUGGGAGCAGCAGCAACACUACAUCCUUCGGCACGCUCGCGAGUCAGAAUGCCCCCACUUUCGGAUCACUGUCCCAGCAGACUUCUGGUUUUGGGACCCAGAGUGGCGGAUUCUCUGGUUUUGGAUCAGGCACAGGAGGAUUCAGCUUUGGAUCCAGUAACUCGUCUGUCCAGGGAUUUGGUGGCUGGCGAAGCUGAGGGGGUAUCAGCAGGCCUUUCAAUCCCUGGGACCAACUGCAUCCUCAGCUUCUUCACCGAGAAAUGCUGGAGCAAGCUGUUCGGAUGGAUAUUGCCAUCAAAACAUACACACCCAGAAAGAAACAACAGAAACCAAAACUCAAGAGAUGCACAGUUACUCGUUUUAUAUUUCAUGUUGGAUUCCCCACCCCACUAUUAAACUGUUGGUCUGUUUCCGUACAGAA